AUGGCGUCGGUUUUUUGUUUUGGUAGUGUUUUAUUCCGUGGGGUGCGUACGUUUCAUGGUAACUCGUUUUUUCUUCUCAAAUCAGUGAAUAAUCAAAUAAGGGGAUUCUCCAGUAUAGUAAAUAAAAGUAAUAAACCUGAAUAUGACCUCGUCGUUAUUGGAGGUGGCUCUGGUGGUUUAUCGGCUGCAAAAGAAGCUGCUAACCUAGGCGCUAAAGUAGCUGUUUUGGACUACGUCACUCCGAGUCCCAGAGGAUCCAGAUGGGGUCUUGGAGGUACUUGUGUGAACGUUGGAUGUAUCCCAAAAAAACUGAUGCAUCAAGCUGCACUUCUUGGAGAAGCUGUAAACGAUUCUAGAAGUUAUGGGUGGCAGCUUCCUUCAUCAGAAAACAUCUCACAUAGUUGGGAAGCCCUGAAAGAUGCUGUUCAAGGGCAUGUCAAAUCAGUAAACUGGGUGACCAGGGUAGAUCUUCGAGACAAGAAAGUGGAAUAUAUCAACGGUCUAGGAGUAUUCAAAGAUGCCAAUACCGUUCACACCACGACGAAACAGGGGGAAAAGUUGCUGACAGCUAAAUAUUUUUUGAUAGCCGUUGGUGGUCGGCCCCGUUAUCCUAACAUCCCAGGAGCAUUGGAAUACGGUAUCAGCAGCGAUGACAUUUUCAGUCUUCCACAUGCUCCUGGCAAGACAUUGGUCGUUGGUGCUGGAUAUAUUGGAUUGGAAUGCGCAGGUUUCUUGAAUGGUUUAGGUUAUGAUGCCACUGUUAUGAUCAGAUCAAUUGUCCUCAGAGGUUUCGACCAACAGAUGGCCAAUAUUGUGAAGGCAGAAAUGCAGGAUAAAGGAGUAAAAUUCUUGAUGCAGUGCGUUCCCACCGCGAUCGAAAAACUCGCCGACGGCAAACUGAAGGCGUCCUGGCAGAACGCCCAGAACGAAACUUUCAGCGACACCUUCGAUACGGUGCUGUUCGCCGUCGGCAGACGCGCCCUGACCGCCGAGCUCCAAUUGGACAAGGCCGGCGUCAAGGUGGCCGGGGACGGCGAGAAGAUCGACGCUGUCAACGAGCAGAGCAACGUGCCGCACAUCUAUGCCGUCGGGGAUGUUCUAUAUAAAAAACCAGAAUUGACUCCUGUCGCCAUUGUUGCCGGUAGAUUGUUGGCAAGAAGGUUAUUUGGAAAUUCGACGCUGACAAUGGAUUACCAAAACGUUGCCACAACUGUAUUCAGUCCUCUAGAAUAUGGAUGUGUCGGUUUGAGUGAAGAAGCAGCCAUCGCGAAAUACGGCGAGGACAACAUAGAAGUGUACCACGGCUACUACAAACCCACCGAGUUCUUCAUCCCCCAAAAGAACGUCAGCAACUGUUACCAGAAGGUGGUGGCUCUAAGGGAAGGGGCCCAAAAGGUUCUCGGCAUGCAUUUCAUCGGCCCGUACGCGGGUGAGGUGAUCCAAGGAUUCGCCGCUGCCAUCAAGCUCGAUCUGACCAUUGAGGCAUUGAUGAACACCGUGGGAAUUCAUCCAACAAUCGCCGAGGAAUUCACGAGAAUCAGUAUCACGAAAAGAUCAGGAGUGGAUCCCACCCCAGCCUCCUGCUGCAAUUAA